GGUUAUGGUAGAUAAUAAAACAUGUUUUGUUGCGUUGCAAUCUAAGUACCUUCGCUGCGUUGAAAGUAAUUCAACUCGUUGGUAUCUCGGGGCAUUUAGGUUUUCUUACAAGUAAAGUGUAGACGGAUAUCAGUGGAAUUGCAUAUUGAUUGCAAAUCAAUUUACGUAACGAUAAAUUAUUUGUUUUUACAUUUGUGAGACUAGAAAGUGAUGGUGUCUGAAAUGGAGCGUUGGUCAAACAAGACAGCGGUAGUGACUGGAGCCAGCGCUGGUAUAGGCGCGGCUGUGUGCGUGGGACUGGCUAACGCUGGGUUACAAGUGGUUGGAUUUGCCAGGAGACCAGAACUCAUAGAGAAAUUGAAAGGAAAUGUAAGAGGAAAAGGUGUGAUAUAUUCAAGGAAAUGUGACGUCAGCAAUAUAGAUGAUAUCAAGGCAGCAUUUAAGUGGGUAGAUGAGAAACUAGGAGGUACCGAUGUGCUUGUCAAUAAUGCUGGAGUACUUUAUUACCCUGGACUUAUUAGCGAUUCGGAUGACAAAACGAUUACCGACGAGGAAAUAUCAGCCACAAUAGAUAUUAAUAUCAAAGGUCUAGUAAUAUGUACAAAAUAUGCAAUCGCGUCAAUGAAGAAACGUAACUUUGAUGGUCAUGUAAUCAAUAUAAACAGCGUUGCCGGCCACUACAUCCCUUCACUGGCAGGGUACAAUGUAUACCCUAGCACCAAGCACGCUGUCACUGCCUUCAACUCCAGUCUGCUCCACGAACUUGCAGAUUGCAAACACAAGAUCAAAGUCACGAGUCUUUCUCCCGGUCUUGUUGCAACGGAGAUGGCAGGAAAGCACGUGACUGAAGAUGUACCGAUGUUGCAACCUUCAGACGUGGCAGAUGCUUUACUAUAUGUCCUGUCUACCCCACCACAUGUCAAUAUAGAAGAGCUGACAAUAGGCUCGGUGUUAGAAAAGAGACGAUGAAUGGUCAUCUGUUCUAUUCACCGUUAGAAGACAACAUGAAGAAUUUAUUCCAGAAAUGCCUAAAUGAUGUAUUGAUUAAAGUUUUGUUAA